AAGCAUUGUUUUGAAAUUUCGCCAAUUUCAAUGAGCUGCAUUAAAAAUUUCUUAUAAAAAAUGGCAGAAACCUCUGAAAAUAGCGACGGGCUCGCGUGUUUGAUUGUUUUGGGCAUGGCUGGUUCAGGAAAAACGACAUUUGUGAAGAAACUUGCCCAAUUUAAGCGUGCGGAGCACAAACCGUACGUCAUAAAUCUCGAUCCAGCCUGCAAGGAGACUCCAUAUCCGGCAAAUAUCGACAUCCGUGACACAAUUAAUUACAAGGAAGUGAUGAAGCAGUACGGAUUGGGUCCCAAUGGCGGCAUUGUGACGUCAUUGAAUCUUUUUAGCACGAAAUUCGGCAAAGUUGUUGACAUUUUGAAGCAGGCGAAGGAGAAUAAGUACUGCGUUAUCGACACGCCGGGCCAAAUUGAGGUUUUUACGUGGAGUGCUUCCGGUAUCAUCAUCACGGAAGCACUGGCAGCUGAAUUUCCGACGACAAUUGUUUACGUUAUGGAUAUCGUGCGAAGUACGAGUCCGACAACGUUCAUGUCGAACAUGAUUUACGCGUGUUCGAUCUUGUACAAGACUCGGUUGCCCUUUAUUGUCGUCCUGAACAAGAUCGAUGUGCAAAAUCACGAUUUUGCCGUUGAAUGGAUUAAGGAUUUCGAGGCUUUUCACGAGGCGAUCGAGCAAGAAAAGGAUUACGUGAGUAAUUUAUCGCGCACAAUGUCGCUGACGCUUGACGAAUUCUACAAAGACCUCAAAGUUUGCGGGGUUUCGUCGAAAACGGGCGUCGGAUUUAGCAGAUUUUUCGAAUUAGUACAAGAAACCGUCGAGGAAUACAAAAAAGAUUACAAAGUCGAGUACGAAAAGGUGCGAAAAGAGCGCGAAGCACAAAAAGCCGCACAGGAAAAGGAAAUUCUCGAAAAAGCAAAAAGGAAAGAAGAUGGCGAAGAAGUCGAUUUGACGCCUUUUAUCACGCACAAGCCGAUGGGAGUCGAUAUCAGUGACGUUUAUUUGUGCCAAGGAACGGAGGAGGACAGUGAGGAGAGCGAAACGGAACAAAUUGUCGCGAAUGCAGAUGAUGAACGAGAAGAAAUGGAUUUUGCGGGUUUUGUAAAAGCGAAGAAAUAA